UGUAUAUAUCCUACGCCAUAGUGCUAAAGACGUUUGCUCAAAGACAUAAACAAAAUCUUCAGGAACAGACAGAGUAAACGCUCAAAAAUGGGUGCCAUUAUUGUAAUUGCAAAACGUUUUGAUGCUCUGAUUGGGCCGGGAGUUAUGCUUCUCUAUCCUUUGUAUGCGUCGUUACGAGCAAUAGAGAGUCCAACGAUGUUAGAUGAUCAACAAUGGCUAACAUAUUGGAUCAUUUACUCCUUAAUUACAAUAUUCGAAUUAUCCAUUUGGAGAGUCCUUGCCUGGCUACCGUUUUGGCCAUAUUUGAAACUUUUAUUCUGCAUGUGGUUGGUGUUACCAAUGUUCAGUGGUGCAGCUUACAUAUACUCAAAUUUUGUGAGAAAAUAUGUUCAGUUUGGAAUGCAUGUUGGAGAAGGAACGAAUUAUACAGAUGAACAGAGAAGAGUUUUACAGAUGAUGAGUCUUGAUGCUAGAAAAUCGGUUCAAGAUUAUGUUGACCGGUUUGGAUGGGAUUCUGUUGAGAAAGCGAUCAAAGCGGCUGAAAGAGAAACAAAGAAGCAUUGAGAUGGAAGAUUAAGGAUCAAGAAACAUUGCUCUUUGCUUUCUUGAUUUCGAAAUUGUUUGUAUGUUUAUGUGUAUAGCGUAAAACGUCGAUGGAAAAAAGGGAUAAUAGUUAAAAUUUCAUGGUGACAGAUUUGUGUUCUUCUCUAUGA